CAGAACAACACAUUGGUCAUCGAGCUAUCGAGCUAUUGGCACGUAUGAGUCAUGCCAUCACGCACGUUGUAGAGUAAACAGUAUUUUCUGGCACAGCCAGAGACUGAAGGUGGAUCUGAGGCUCCCUCCCGCAUUAACUCUGGCGGUGUGGACAACUUCAGUAUGUGUAAGAGAUUGUUACAGUGCGACGUGUAUGGUCGAGACAUCUGUCGGUUGCAAUGGCAAAUAGCUGUGUUGUACCUAGUGUUACUGACAGCGGUCGAGGCGCGGAGAGACUGCUUCGUGGAUACGAGACUGGGACCCGUGAAAGGUUCUACGGAAAAGUCACGAAAUGGGAAGCCCUUCUGCUCUUUCAGGGGAAUCCCGUACGCCGCGCCCCCCAUUGGAGAGCUCAGAUUCGAGGCACCGCAGAGCCUCAGCCCAUGGUCGAAGGUGCUGAACGCGCGGCACAACGGCCCCGUGUGCAUCCAGAAGCUGCUGGGCCUCGUGGUGGGACGUGAGGAUUGCCUGUACUUGAACGUGUACACUCCUGAACGGCCGACUGAUGACCGAGCGAAACUUCCUGUGAUUGUGUACAUCCACGGAGGGAGGUACAGUGUUGGUUCCGGCGUGAGCUACGCGGCAGGACCCUGGUACAUGCUGGACAAGGACGUCGUCCUGGUCACCAUUAACUAUCGCCUCGGAGUCAUGGGAUUCUUAAGCACUGGAGACGACGUGGCACCAGGUAAUUACGCAAUGAAGGACCAGGUGGCAGCCCUGCGGUGGGUUCGAGACAACAUUGAACAAUUCGGCGGUGAUGCAGAAAGAGUUACAAUUCAAGGCCAGAGCGCAGGGAGUAAAUCGGUGCACUUCCACAUGUUCUCACCCUCCAGCAGAGGGUUGUUUCAUAGAGCUAUUAGCCAGAGUGGUUCGGCGUUCAUGCCCUGGGUGCUUCCCCCCGCAGAUCCACUGGCUAAAGCCAAAGAGCAAGCUGAAGUUGUUGGAUGUCCUGCGACAAAUUCGGCCGCUUUAGUUCGGUGUCUCCGAGGUAUGGAAGCGAAGGACAUCGUAAAGAAAGAGCUUGAGCUGUGGCAACCCGUGUUGGAGUCGAAGAGUGCCUCGAACCCAGAACCUUUUCUCACACUCGCCCCUCUACAGCUGGUGCAGACUGGAGAGUUCUACAAAGUUCCUUGGCUGAUGGGAAGCACAUCUGAAGACGGAGCCUUCUUCGGGGCGAGAAACAUAACUGAUCAUUCCGAAGUGGAGCAAUUCAGCGAACAUAUGGACGUUCAAGGACCGGAAGAUUUCUUCUUGAAGCUAAGUUUAAAUGAAUCUCUGAUACCCGAAACUUGGCAGCGAAUUCGUAGCUUCUACUUCGGCAAGAAGGAGAUUCCAGACCCCAGUGAUCUCAUUAAGUUGUACACCGAUCGGUACGUUGUCCAUGCUGUCCACAAGGCAGCCAUAUUGCAUUCUGAGGCAGGCCAUGAGCCAAUAUAUCGCUAUAACUUCGCAUACCGAGGACUGUACUCCUUCGGAGAUCUGGCCGAAAUUGGAAGCACGCAUAUGAAUUUGGGUGUAGUUCAUAUGGAUGAUCUCAUUUAUCUGAUACCAUUGCCGGUUUUCAAUGUGUGGCCCGCUGGUCAUCCUGACAAACGUGUGAUAGACACAAUGGUGACACUUUUCACGAAUUUUGCCACUUACGGAAACCCGACGCCAUCUGGAGGUAAGAGUGAAGUGAAAUGGCUGCCAUUUAGCGUCAACAACCGUUCCUACAUGAACAUUGCCCAUGACAUGUCACAGACGCCUGGGUUUUAUGGCAUCCGGCCUGUGCGGCUUAGCAUGGAACAUGAUCUGUACAAGGACCGCAUGGAAUUCUGGGAUUCACUUCCUCUUAAGGAAAACGCAGAUGAUUUUGAAUAGCGACACAGCGCUUAAGGACUAUCCGAUUGGUGAAAUGACUGCCUGUAUGCACCAGACGAUCCCUUUCCAAAGGUUGUUACCGUCUCCUGGGAUGACGCCGUGUAGUCUGAUAGAUAGGUACCAAAGUUUCGGAGGAAUUUGCUGCUCUUACAUCAUCAGAACAUAAGAAGUUCGUGUAUUCUGGAAAGUGCAGUCGAAAACUUGGCAACACCAGACUACACGGCGUCGCUUCCAAGAGGACCGUAGUCCUAAGAGUCACAGCCGUGUGAAACUGUUUUUUCUUUUCGUUGUGAUUGUUUACUUGGUCUCAGGCUUCUUGCACCCUGACAUACGUCAUUUCCUGAAUAUGCAGGCCUCUAAAUAAAACUAUUUUUUCGCUUUAA